GUAAUUAACCAAUUUCAAUGGAGAAAUUUGGAACACAUAUUCUUUGUUUAUUCCUUCUUUUUCUAUUCCUUCUUUUCAUUCUCACAAAACAACCAAGUUCCAGUGCUUUUAGUAAGAGUAUGGUGGAUCAUGUACAAAAAUCUAUGACAAAUUAUGAUGAAACAAUGUUGGAGAAGGAAGAAGAUGAAUGGCAAAUGGUGGGGAAAAAAGGAAACCAAUUUGUGGUGAAUAAUCAACCUUUCUAUAUAAAUGGAUUCAAUGCAUUCUGGUUGAUGGUUUUUGCCGCAGAUGACUCCACUAAAGAAAAAGUCACUGAGGUCUUUAAACAAGCUUCCUCAUUAGGUAUGACAGUUUGUAGGACUUGGGCUUUCAAUAAUGGUCAAUGGAGAGCCCUACAAAAAUCCCCUUCAGUUUUUGAUGAAGACAUCUUCAAGGCCUUAGACUUUGUCGUAAGUGAAGCAAAGAAAAACAAAAUCAGGUUGAUAUUAUCAUUGGCAAACAAUUGGGAUGACUAUGGUGGCAAAGCACAAUAUGUGAAAUGGGGCAAAGAUCAUGCUGGCCUUAACUUGACAUCUGAUGAUGACUUCUUCUCACAUCCAACCCUUAGAAACUACUAUAAAGCCUAUGUUAAGACUGUGCUUACUAGAGUUAACACAUUCACAAAUAUCACUUAUAAGGAAGAUCCUACAAUUUUUGCAUGGGAAUUGAUGAAUGAGCCUAGCUGCUACUCAGAUCCCACAGGUGAUAAGUUACAGGAUUGGAUACAAGAAAUGGCAUUUCAUGUGAAGAAAAUUGAUCCAAAACAUUUGGUGGAGAUUGGACUAGAAGGAUUUUAUGGCCCCUCAACACCUCAGAGAACUCAGUUCAAUCCAACAAAUACAUCUAAACAGGCUGGAACUGAUUUCAUCAGGAACCACCAAGUUCUUGGUGUGGACUUUGCUUCUGCUCACAUAUAUACUGACACUUGGAUUUCACCACAAAUUGCUGAUACACACAUCCCAUUUAUAAUAUCAUGGAUGGAGGCACACAUAGAGGAUGCUGAAAAGUAUCUCGGAAUGCCGGUUGUUUUCACUGAGUUUGGCUUAUCUUCAAAGGAUUCUGGCUACAAUUCAACAUAUAGAGACACAGUAAUAAGCACUGUGUACAGUUCAAUCUUAAACUCAACAAAGAAAGGAGGGAGUGGUGCUGGAAGCCUUUUGUGGCAGAUGAUUCCUGAAGAUACAGAUGCAUUGGAUGAUGGUUAUGCUAUUGUUUUCUCAAAGUCUCCUUCAACUUCAAGAAUUGUAUCUCUUCAAUCUUAUAGGCUUGGUUUGUUCAACUCCUAGUGUUCUUCCAACUUAAGUAUAUGUAUCUGUUUGUAUUAACUUCAAUUUAUAUCGCCAUACAUGGUCACCAUCUUAAUUACUAUUGAUGCAUGCUAUAACUUUCUUCACUGAUUACAUUAAGCAUUU